AUGCUCGCAAGCAUUAUGCCUACGUUUGAACAUAACAUGGCCAGCCAGGGCAACAACCUCAUGAGCACAUUGCCGCAAAAUGAGAACACGCAAAAAGUGACCAUUGAGGCUAGAGUCGAAUCGGUCUUGCUAUUUGAGAAUGCGGGUCUUUUACGCUUAGAGCUCCGAGCUCAGGACAAGUCUCUGCAAGCUAUCAUUAGCAUUGAUGCUGUUGUUAAGGAGACAUGGGAUUUGGCUCAAUCUUUGACAGCAGAAUCUAUCAUCAAGAUCACAGGCUCCGUCAGUGAACAGACCGCGGAUGACAGUCGAGGCAAUGUCCAUUCUGCCUCUACAGCAAUCCAUGUAUCAAAUCUACAAGUUAUCGCCCUGGCAGAACCGAACCUGCCUGUACCCUCAUGCUGCAAGGAAAAGAUGCUUAUGCCCCGUGCAGAUCUCCAGGAGCGACUGAAUAAUCGCAUCCUCGAUGUGCGGUAUGCCGCCUCUGGGGCUAUAUUCAAGCUCCAUUCGGGCAUGUGCCAACUGGUUGUCGAGUUUCUUUGCUCCAAAAACUUCCACUGGAUCCAUACCCCACGCAUUAUAAGCGCCACUAUCCCAGGCGACAACGAGUACUUCCAUCUGCAAUAUUUUGGAAAGGACGCGUGGCUAGCCCAGAGCUCACAGCACCACAAGCAAAUGGCACUUUCUAUGGAUAUGCAGCGCGUGUUUGAGAUCGGUCCCGUUUUCCGGGCUGAAGUCAAGUCUAGCAAUUCUGCCAGGCACGUUACAGAGUUCACCGUCCUUGAUAUAGCCAUGGCAUUCAAUGACGACUACUAUGAAGUAGUUGACCUGGUCGAAUCCAUGCUGAAGCUGUACCCUCGUGCCCAGCCUUUCCGUGUGGGUCUAGAUGAACAUGGGAAGGUCCCUCGCAUUACAUUUUUGGAGGCAAAGCGUAUUCUGCGGGAGGAACUCGGCCUCGCGUCGGAUGACAGCAAGAAUUUAACAGACUUAGAAGAAGCGGCCCUUGGGGCUUACUUCCGGGAUUCUGCGAGUACCGACAUAUUUACUAUUGACAAGUAUCCCGCACCCUUGCGCCAAUUCAACUCACAAGCCAAUCUAGAUUCCCCUGGGUUCUCCAACACAUGGGAUACCAUCGUGCGUGGACGUGAGAUUUGCUCCGGGAGUCAACGCAUCCACGGGUACAGCGAGCUGUGUGAAGCCAUGUGUGCGGGUGUGUGUGGCCCGUCGCUGGAUCCUGAGGACGAGCAGUGGCAACCUUACCUGGCUGCGUUCAAGGCUGGCAUGCCGCCCCACGGUGGCUGCGGACUCGGCUUGAAUAGACUUCUACAGAGCUUCCUCGGGCUGGACGAUGUCCGCGAGGUGAUACUAUUCCCGAGAGACAUCAACAGGUUGCGGCCUUGA